AUGCAUGUGUCACUAGCAGAGGCCCUGGAGGUUCGGGGUGGACCACUGCAAGAAGAAGAAAUAUGGGCUGUAUUAAAUCAGAGUGCAGAGAGUCUACAAGAGUUAUUCAGAAAAGUGAGCAUAGCUGAUCCUGCUGCCCUUGGCUUCAUUAUUUCCCCGUGGUCUCUGCUGUUGCUGCCAUCUGGUAGUGUGUCAUUCACAGAUGAAAAUAUCUCCAAUCAAGAUCUUCGAGCAUUCACUGCACCAGAGGUUCUGCAAAAUCAAUCACUAACGUCUCUCUCAGAUGUUGAAAAGAUCCAUAUUUAUUCCCUUGGAAUGACGUUGUAUUGGGGGGCUGAUCAUGAAGUACCUCAGAGCCAACCUAUCAAGCUUGGAGAUCAUCUCAACAGCAUAUUGCUUGGAAUGUGUGAGGAUGUUAUUUAUGCUCGGGUUUCUGUUCGGACUGUCCUGGAUGCUUGCAGUGCCCACAUUAGGAAUAGCAAUUGUGCACCUUCGUUUUCCUAUGUGAAGCAGUUGGUAAAACUGGUUCUGGGAAAUCUUCCUGGGACGGAUCCGCUUUCCUGUAACAAUGAACAAACGCCUGAUCGAAGCCAGGCUAUUCGAGACCGAUUGAGAGGAAAAGGAUUACCGACAGGAAGAAGCUCCACUUCUGAUGUACUAGAUAUACACAAGUCUCCAUUCUCUCAUCAGACUUUUCUUAACAAAGGGCUUAGUAAAUCUAUGGGAUUUCUGUCCAUCAGAGAUACGCAAGAUGAGGAAGAUUAUUUCAAGGAUAUUUCAUCAGAUAAUAAUUCUGGACAUGAAAAUUCUGAAAAUACCUGCUCCCCUUACCAGUUUAAAACCAGUACAGAGAAGAAAAUCACCUCAAGUAUUGAUGUACUUCCCAAGAAGAAGAUUUGGGCUUCAUCCAUGGACUUGCUUUGCACAACUGACAAAGAUUCUUCUGCUGGAGAGACUGGCAGAUACCGACACUGUCUCCCUGAGGCAGUAACAGUGCGGAGUUCAACGGCUCCUAGAAGAAAGGAGGCAAGAUACUCAGAUGGAACUAUAGCCCUGGAUAUCUUUGGCCCUCAGAAAAUGGACCCAAUGUACACGCGAGAAUUGCCCACCUCUUCAGCAAUAUCAAAUGUUCUGGACCGAAUCCGAGAGAGACAGAAGAAACUUCAGGUUCUGAGAAAAGCCAUGAAUGUGGAAGAACCAAUUGGAAGAUAUAAAACUUACCACAGUGAUAUCUUUAGUACCUCCAGUGAAAGUCCAUCUAUUAUUUCCUCUGAAUCAGAUUUCAGACAAGUGAGAAGAAGUGAAGCUUCAAAAAGAUUUGAAUCCAAUAGUGAUCUCCCAGGGGUAGAUGAAACCCCAAAUCAAGGCCAGUCACAAAGACCAAGCAGACAAUAUGAAACACCCCUAGAAGGCAACUUAAUUAAUCAAGAGAUCAUGCUAAAACGGCAAGAAGAAGAAAUGAUGCAGCUGCAAGCCAGAAUGGCCCUUAGACAGUCUCGAUUGAGUCUGUAUCCAGGAGACACAAUCAAAGCAUCUAUGCUUGACAUCACCAGGGAUCCCUUAAGAGAAAUGGCCCUAGAAACAGCCAUGACCCAAAGAAAACUUAGGAAUUUCUUUGGCCCUGAGUUUGUAAAAAUGACGAUUGAGCCAUUUAUAACUUUGGAUUUGCCACGGUCUAUCCUUACCAAGAAAGGGAAGAAUGACGAUAGCCGAAGAAAAGUAAACAUAAUGCUUCUGAGUGGGCAGAGACUGGAACUGACCUGUGAUACCAAAACUAUAUGUAAAGAUGUGUUCGAUAUGGUUGUAGCCCAUAUUGGCUUAGUGGAACAUCAUUUGUUUGCUUUAGCUACUCUCAAAGAUAAUGAGUAUUUCUUUGUUGAUCCUGAUGUAAAAUUAACCAAAGUAGCCCCAGAAGGAUGGAAAGAAGAACCAAAGAAAAAGAGCAAAGCUACUGUUAAUUUUACUAUGUUUUUCCGAAUUAAAUUUUUCAUGGAUGAUGUUAGUCUAAUACAACAUACUCUUACCUGUCAUCAGUAUUAUCUUCAGUUGCGUAAAGACAUACUGGAAGAGAGAAUGCACUGUGACGAUGAGACUUCCAUAUUGUUAGCAUCCUUAGCUCUCCAGGCUGAGUAUGGAGAUUACCAACCAGAGGUCUAUGGUAUGUCUUAUUUUAGACUGGAGCAUUAUUUGCCUGCCAGAGUGAUGGAGAAACUUGAGCUAUCCUAUAUUAAACAAGAGUUACCCAAGUUGCAUAAUACCUAUGUGGGAGCUUCUGAAAAAGAGACAGAGUUAGAAUUUUUAAAGGUCUGCCAAAGGCUGACAGAAUAUGGAGUUCAUUUUUACCGGGUGCAUCCUGAGAAAAAGUCACAAACAGGAAUAUUGCUUGGAGUCUGUUCCAAAGGUGUCCUCGUGUUUGAGGUUCACAACGGAAUUCGCACAUUGGUCCUUCGCUUUCCUUGGAGAGAAACCAAGAAGAUUUCUUUUUCCAAAAAGAAAAUCACAUUGCAAAAUACAUCAGAUGGAAUAAAACACGCCUUCCAGACAGACAACAGUAAAGUAUGCCAGUACCUGCUGCACCUCUGCUCCUCCCAGCAUAAAUUCCAGCUGCAGAUGAGAGCAAGACAGAGCAACCAAGAUGCCCAAGAUAUUGAGAGAGCUUCGUUUAGGAGCCUGAAUCUCCAAGCAGAGUCUGUUAGAGGAUAUAAUAUGGGACGAGCAAUCAGCACUGGCAGUCUGGCCAGCAGCACACUGAACAAACUGGCCGUUCGACCCUUGUCAGUGCAAGCUGAGAUUCUGAAGAGACUAUCCUGCUCAGAGCUGUCGCUUUACCAGCCAUUGCAGAACAGUUCAAAAGAGAAGAGUGACAAAGCUUCCUGGGAGGAAAAGCCUAGAGGGAUGAGUAAAUCAUACCACGAUCUCAGUCAGGCCUCUCUCUCUCCUCAUCGGAAAAAUGUCAUUGUUAACAUGGAAUCCCCACCACAAACCAUUGAGGAAUUGGUGGGAAAACCAUUUCACCAGAUGGCGAGAUCUGACACAGAAUCUCUGGCAGAAUUCACAAAACUUAAUAAUUCAAAGUCUGUUGCAAGUGUAAAUAGAAGUCCUGAGAGGAGGAAACAGGAAUCAGACUCAUCCAUUGAAGACCCUGGUCAAGCAUAUGAUGUGCUACACAAGAGAUGGAGCAUUGUAUCUUCACCAGAAAGGGAGAUCACCUUGGUGAACCUGAAAAAAGAUGCGAAGUAUGGCUUAGGAGACCGUUUGAUAUCUGUGAAUAGUGUGAGUCUUGAGGGGGUCAGCCACCAUGCUGCAAUUGAAAUUUUGCAAAAUGCACCUGAAGAUGUGACACUUGUUAUCUCUCAGCCAAAAGAAAAAAUAUCCAAAGUGCCUUCUACUCCUGUGCAUCCUGCCAAUGGUAUGAAAAACUACAUGAAGAAAUCUGGUGUUGUAGAUUCUUCUUCCGAAGAUCAUCACUGGCCACGUGGUACCCUGAGGCACAUCUCAGACAACUCCCUUGGGCUGCCUGGGGGCCUGCGGGAAGGAAGCCUGAGUUCUCAAGAUUCCAGAACUGAGAGUGCCAGCUUGUCCCAGAGCCAGGUCAAUGGCUUCUUUGCCAGCCAUGGAGGUGACCGCACCUGGAAGGAAUCACAGCACGGCAGCCCUUCUUCAUCUGUAAUAUUCAAAGCUUCUGAGAAAAAGAGAAUUUCUAUUGACAGCAACCAAAGCAGAGCUAAAAAAUCAGGCAUUUCUGCUGUGACAGAUGACUCUGAUCGUGGAGAUUCAGACAUGGAUGAAGCUACUUAUUCUGGUAGUCAAGACCAUCACACACCAAAAAAGGAAUCUUCCUCCUCAAUGAGUACAUCCAACAAAAUGAAUUUUAAAACUUUUUCUUCAUCACCUCCUAAACCUGGAGAUAUCUUUGAGGUUGAACUGGCUAAAAAUGAUAACAGCCUGGGGAUAAGUGUCACGGGAGGUGUGAAUACCAGUGUCAGGCAUGGUGGCAUUUACGUGAAAGCUAUUAUUCCCAAAGGAGCAGCAGAGUCUGAUGGUAGAAUACACAAAGGUGAUCGUGUUCUAGCUGUCAAUGGAAUUAGUCUGGAAGGAGCUACCCAUAAGCAAGCUGUGGAAACACUGAGAAAUACAGGACAGGUGGUUCAUCUGUUGUUAGAAAAAGGACAGUCUCUAGCAUCCAAAGAACAUGUCCCUGUAACCCCACAGUGCACCCUUUCCAAUCCAGAUGCCCAAGGUCAAGCUCAAGAAAAAAUGGUGAAGAAAACAGCUCAUAUCAAGGAUUACAGCUUUGUCACUGAAGGUCAGACCUUGGGAGACUCAGGCUUAGGAUUCAGUUUUUCACGAGAAGAUAAUCUUAUACCUGAGCAAAUGAAUACCAGCAUAGUAAGGGUUAAAAAACUCUUUCCUGGACAGCCAGCAGCAGAAAGUGGAAAAAUUGAUGUGGGAGAUGUUAUCUUAAAAGUGAAUGGAGCCUCUUUGAAAGGACUGUCUCAGCAGACCCCACUACACUCUCCAGCACAAGUACUUCCAAACAGCAGUAAAGACUUUUCUCCAUCAUAUGUGGAGCAAGGUACCAGCUCAGAUGAAAAUGAAAUGUCUGACAAAAGCAAGAAGCAAUACAAAUCCUCAUCCAGAAGAGAUAGUUACAGUGAUAGCAGUGGUAGUGGAGAAGAUGACUUAGUGAAAGCUCCAACAAAGGCAUCAAAUAUGAGCUGGAAUUCAACUUUGUGUAAGACUCUAAACAACAUGGUAUCACAGGUACAGGGUCAACAAGAAGUAUCCAAGAAUCAAGAAGAUGCUGUUUGUCCCAUGUUUUAUUAUCCUCAGGAAAUGUCCAAUAAAAUGGAACUUGAGCACAGUAAUCCUCCUUCUCCUGUACCACUGGAUAUGACUCCUGAGUGGAGUUGUCAAAAACAACCAGAAUCUGCUCGCUCUGAUUCAGUAGAUAAAUAUCCUACACAUGACACUUCUGAGCCUAUUGGGCAAGGAGACUUGACAUCCUUGAAAAAUGAUGCAGAAAACCACCUUGAAGACUUUGAGCUGGAAGUAGAACUCCUCAUCACCCUAAUUAAAUCUGAAAAAGGAAGUCUGGGUUUUACAGUAACCAAAGGAAAUCAGAGUGUUGGUUGUUAUGUUCAUGAUGUUGUUCAGGAUCCAGCUAAAAGUGAUGGAAGGCUAAAACCUGGGGACCGUCUCAUAAAGGUUAAUGAUACAGAUGUUACAAAUAUGACUCACACAGAUGCAGUGAACCUGCUUCGAGCUGCACCAAAGACAGUCCGAUUAGUGCUCGGACGAAUCCUUGACUUACCCAGGAUGCCAGUGUUGCCUCAUUUGCUACCUGACAUUACAUUAACAUGCAAUAAAGAGGAAUUGGGAUUUUCCUUGUCUGGAGGUGACAGUGGUGUUCAUCAAGUGGUAUAUAUUAGUGAUAUCAACCCAAGGUCAGUUGCGGCCAUUGAGGGUAAUCUCCAGCUAUUAGACCUCAUCCAUUAUGUGAAUGGAGUCAGCAUACAAGGAAUGACCUUGGAAGAAGUUAAGAGAGCAUUAGACAUGGCACUUCCUUCAGUGGUGCUGAAAGCAACAAGAGAUGGACAUCCAGUAGUGCCCAGUGCACAGAGGCCUACGGGUUCAAGUCCAGAAUCAAACCAGGCUAAUGGUCAUCACUGUGUGGAGCCCUGCAACAAGCUCACUCUAACUCCUAGUAGUUCUUUCUCCAAGGUCAAUGGGGAAGAAAUAAUUGAAGGUUUGCACCCUGAAGGAAAAUGCUCUCCUUACCAGAUGAAAGGAUCAACAAAUUUGAGUAUGUCCAAAGUUAAUUUCCCAAAUCAGCCAUCCAGUUACUCUACAGGCCCUGAUAAUUCAGAAUCUGGUGUACAAGAAGAUGAUGUUUACGAUGAUCCUCAAGAAGCUGAAGUUAUCCAGUCUCUGUUGGAUGUUGUGGAUGAGGAGGCCCAGAAUCUUUUAAACCAAAAUAAUGCAGCAGGAGAUGCCUAUGUUCCAGGCACAUUGAAGACCAAUGGGAAGUUGUCAGAAGAGAGAGCAGAAGAUACAGACUGUGAUGGGUCGCCUUUACCUGAAGAUUUUUCUGAGUCUACCAAAAUAAAUGGCUGUGAAGAAUAUUUUGAAGAAAAAGUAGUAACUGAAAAUGUAAUUAAGAAGUCACAGGAAAGGAAAACUGGUGAUGAUGAAAUCACAUGGGGAAGUAUUGAAUUGCCAAUAGAGACAACAAAUCAGGAAGAUUCCAGUAAAGAUCCUCCCUUUCUGACAAACGAGGAGCUCGCUGCACUCCCCAUCAUCAGAGUACUUCCCUCGGGUAAAUACACUGGCACGAGGCUGAAGUCAGUCAUCCGAAUGUUGCGGGGUUUACUAGAUCAAGGAAUUCCUUCUAAGGAGCUGGAGUUUGACAUCUCUGAUGUAGUACGCUGCAUGAGACUACAAAGACAUGGAAUGGUUCAAACUGAGGAUCAGUAUAUUUUUUGCUAUCAAGUUAUCCUUUACGUUCUGACACGUCUUCAAGCUGAAGAAGAGCAUCGGCAGACUCUGAAAUGA